UUGUUAUAAUCUUUUUAAUGCUAAAUAUCGUUAUACAAUUUAUACAAUAGUGAGAAGAAAAACACUUGCAUGAAAAAAAGAAAAGAAAAACAAAACAACUUGAAUAUCGCAAUGAGUUAAACGUAAUUGAGUGUAACAUCUGAACAUGUUCAUGUUAAACAUGCCCGUGACAUUUCUGUGCUGUACGAAUUCAUAUGGAAAACAUUUGAUAACGAAGUGUUGUUUAUAAAUAAGCGUCGAACUUAUUAAGAAAAUUGAUAAUUUUCACAAAAGAAAUAUACAUAUAUAUAAACACAUAAUUAUUCCAUAAUUAAAUUCUUAUUUAAUUAUCGCAUUGGCAUCAUUUGUUAAAUUACAUGACUCUGAAUCACUUAGUUGUGUAUAAUUUUCUCUGCUAUACAUGAUUUUAUGUGACGCUCCAAGUGAUUCUUUUCGCAAUGCAUUAGGAUUAAAUAGUAAUUAAGACUACUUCUCGGUACAAUAGUACAAUUAAACUAGAGAACAAUGGCUGGUACAUUUGAUCAGUAUGAUAAAACCAGUUGGUACUUUGGUGCUAUGUCACGCCAAGAUGCUUCUGAUUUAUUAAUGGGAGAAAAAGAAGGUGGAGUUUUCUUAGUACGUGAUAGUACAUCUAUCCAUGGAGACUUUGUUCUUUGCGUUCGAGAAGAUAGCAAAGUUAGUCAUUAUAUAAUUAAUAAAAUACUACAGGGUGAUCAAAUAUGUUAUCGAAUUGGUGAUCAAAUGUUUCCUGAUAUUCCACAUCUUUUGGCAUUUUACAAACUUCAUUACCUUGAUACAACGCCGUUGAUCAGACCUGCACCAAAAAAAACUCAAAAAGUAAUUGCGAAAUAUGAUUUUGAGGGUAACGAUCCAGAUGAUUUGCCAUUUAGAAAGGGAGAAAUUCUUAUUGUGAUCUCAAAAGACGAAGAGCAGUGGUGGACAGCUAGGAAUAGUGUGGGUCAAACUGGAUCAGUUCCAGUUCCCUACGUGCAAAAAUAUGAAGAGGAUGGUCAUGCUAAUACCGAAAAUAAUACACGAUUGGAAUCAGGUAGCAAUACUUCUGCAUCUAAUUCCAAUUCAAUUCCUCCUUCUUUAUCACACGUAGUAUCUCACUCAGAAACAGGAUCAGGUACUGCUACACGUAGAUCAAAUAUUCAGAGAACAUUACCUGCUUUUGCAAAAGUGAAACAAGCAAGAGUGCCAAAUGCAUAUGAUAAAACAGCUCUAAAAUUAGAAGUAGGUGACAUGAUAAAGGUAACAAAAACAAAUAUAAAUGGCCAAUGGGAAGGUGAAUUACAUGGCAAAGUAGGUCAUUUUCCAUUUACACAUGUAGAAUUUGUAGAUAAUGAAACUGGUGAAGACAACCAAGAAAUUUAACAUAAAUCUUUCAAGUAAUGUACAGCAUAUGUGAUCAAUGAAGACCACUUUAUCACCUCAAUUUAUUAGUAUUGCAGCUAUUUUAUGUACCAAUACAGAGAUUUACACUUCUAUAGUCAUGAAAGCAAUAUUGAUUUUUGGGUAUUUUUUUCUCGAGUCAAGAACAGUUAUAUGCAUAUGCGCACACACACACACACACAUUUGUAAGAGAAAAGAAACGGAAUCAUAGAGAAUAAAGACCGCUUGAAACAAUCUACCAAUUGUUAAAACUAAAACUUAUAUAUGCGCUUCAUAUUUGUAUAAAUAGACACAUGCUUUAUAUUAAAUUAAAACUUUAAUCUUUCAAUAUUAAUUUUUAGUAUUUAAAUUCAUAGAAACACUAUUUAAACUCAAUAUAUCCAAAUAAUUUCACAUAUGCAUAGAUACAUCUACAUUUACAUUUAUGUGCGCUCUUAAAAGAUAUUUAAAUAAUACCCUGAUAAUGGUUGAUAAUAAAUGAAAACAAUUGUUUAUAAAGUUAAAUUAUAGAAAGAAUUUACAAUAAGCUUAUAUCUAUUGUUGGGUAAAAAGCAACUUGCAUAUUAAAUUCGUAAUUAAAGUACAUUAUUGAGUCAUAUUAUAUUGUUUUUUAGACUGGUUUAUAUGAAAUAAAAUGUAUGUAUAUUAUUAAGUUAUAUUUCUCUUACGUUAAUAUCUAAGUUUUUCCAUGAAUUAUUACAUUUAAUGUAUAAAUGUAUUUUUUAGUCGUUUAAUGACUGUUGCAAGAGUCAUUUAACAAAAGUAUUUUAUUAUUAUAUUAAAUGCUAUUGAUUCACAAUAUAUCAAAUAUCUAAACAAAAUAUAAUAUAAAUAGUAUAAAAUAAAUUUUGGAUAAAAACUUUGGAUAACGAUGUUAAUAUUAUAAAAUCUUUUUUUAUGGUAUUUAAAAAGAAGUUUAAAAAGAAUAGAAUUUAUGUAUAGAUAUAUAAUAUUAUGUAUAGAUAAUAGAAGAUCUUUUAUUAUAUACUUUAUGCGCUAAAAUAUAUUUAAAUGUGAAAUUUUGUUUAGAGGUAUCCAAAAUAUCUUUGUGUUGGUACAUACAUUGUACACUGCUUACUGUUAGUCAUAGAUCACGUUCUCAAACAAUGAUACACUAAUGAUGAAAAAUGUAUUUAAUGAUGGAAACAUGAAUUGCAUUAAAUAUUAUAUAUAUAUUUUUUUUUUAUCUUUUUAAAUGUAAAUUUGCGUGGGUUUUUACAUUAUUGCCGUAAUAUUUGCUUUAAUAUAUCUCAAAAAUUAAAAGUUCCUAAUUAUAAGAAUAUAAUUUACUUUUUAUGACAUCAAGAGAAUUUAUGCUAUAAGACACAUGCACAAUAUAUUAUAUAAAAUUUAUUUUCUUAGGAGGCAUUUGAUAUUUCCAUCAUCAUACAAUAAAUGACCAUGUUCUUCCUAAAAGCAUUUACAGUAUUAAAAAAUAAAUAAUAUUUCUAAUGUACUGUAUCAACGAACGAAAUUGAUGUAUAUGAGAACAUCUUGAAUAGAUAAAAGAAAAUUCGAUUCGAUAAUAUUGUAUUUAUCGUAUUUCAAAUGUACUAGAAUUUCACUUUACAUGGCAUUAUAAUAUAAACUGAAACGAAAUUUUGAUUUUGAGUUAAAUAAAAUUUCUACUCAUUUGGCUGUAAGUAGAAAAGAAAGGAAUACAAAAGAAAAUUCCUGUGGUACUAUUCAUACAACUACCGCUUGUAAUGCGCUAAUUAUUGUUACCGAGAAAUAUGCGUUUAUAUAUGGUAUGAAUGAGGCGUAUGAAUGCGUCAAUAUAGACUCUACAGCUGGAUACUGAGGAGCCUUUUGCUUAAUAUGAAUAUAAUUUCAAAUAAUCUACUAUAGCAUAUACCAAUAUAUUAUAUAUAGUAAGUCCCAAGAGUAUUCGCAUCACCACUGUUAAUUUAGAACAAUCAAUAUCUUUUUGUAGUAUAAUAUCUCAAAAUUCUUAUAAGCAGAAACAUAUUUAAGGAUUAUUAAAUUUUUAAAUUGAUAUAAAUUUUAUUGCAAAAGAGCAUUUUAUUAUAACAGAAGUAUAAUUUACCAUAACUGAGAAAAAAAUGUUUUCCUGCAAUAAAAUUUAUAUCAAUUUAAAAGUUUAAUAAUCCUAAAAAAUAGGUUUUUGUGUAUACAAAUUUUUAAGUUUUGCAUUAUAAGCAAAUAUAAAUUAUUUAAAAUUUACAGUGGGGGAAUGGGCAUGAAUACUCCUAGGACUCAUUAUAUAUAAUAUAUACAAUUAGUAUAUGUGUGGUAUAUAUGGUAAAUAUAUAUUUUAUAUCAAUUUAGUUUAAGAAUUAAGAAUUAGUAGCUAAAUCAGGACGCACUGAGCACUUUUUUUCAGGCAGCAUCAUGAUUGUGAAAAUAUAAAUGUAUAAAUU